AUGAACUCCGGCCCUGUUGCGUCGCCCUUCGCCGGCAUCAGCCUUGAUCCAAAGCACGCUAAUACCAUCUUGCAAUCUCCGGACAAGAUUUACGGGUUUCUGAAGGAGAAGUGGUCUACCGCGAGAAAGACGGCUUUUCUCGCCGCAAGGAACGAUGUUGCUCUUGCUAGGUCUCGCCUCCUCCUCAACAUGCCGCACACCUUUCUAGGAUCGAACCCGGAGAAGGCUGCCGCCCAUCUAGACCAAGCAAUUGGUCAGUCACAAGCUAAGUCUGUUUGGUUUUCCUACGAGCUUCUGGACUCCGAGAUCUCCGAUUUCUGUGCUGAGAUGGUCGAAGAGAACCAAGAGAUGUCAGAGGGGGACGCCGCAAAGAAUUUCGUUACCAUGUUGAAUGACAGCGAACGCAUUACGUUGUGGCUCAAGAUCAAGCUCGAAAUACGUCUUAGCCUGGAGUACGGUCUUCUGAGUCUCGAUGCCGAUCCAAAGACCUGCAUGGCAAGCCCAGCGGGUCACAUCAGAAGGCUUAUCGUUCUACAGGACGAGGUCGACUCGAUUUGGAUCAAGGCAGCCAAGGUAUUCAAAGUUGCCAUGGACAAUGUUCAUACAGCCUACCACGGGUCUAUAGACUUCCGGGAUGGAGAGUUUGUCCAGGAUGUCACCAGUGCCGUGAGCGUGGUCUUCCAGGACAACUAUCGAGACACCCUCGCCUAUGUCAAGCAGUGCGUCUUGGAAGCCCUCGAUCUGCGUGUGGCCACGGGGCAAAAAGUCUCCUUCGCAGAAGUCCGCAGGAUUCAAAACGAAGCGUGGGACACCUACGACUCGGAGAAUGCGCAACAAACAUUGUUGAAGGCGAACGCCUCCUACUUGGCGGUUUGCAACAAGGUGGUCCAUGACUCAUGA